AUGGAAAGGUUCUUUAAAAGGAAAUCAGACAUGUUGCAACCCCAUGCAAAUUGUGAAAUAUCAAAGGACAUUCGUGUUGAGGCAGAGAUAAAUUUGUCAGAGCUACCAUCAGAUCCUGGAUUGCGAAAGAAAAUUUCAGACUACCCUUUGAGUAUUCAAGACCAAGUUCGAAGAGUAUAUUUGCAAAGGGGUCCUUGUCAGCCUAAAGAUCACAAAUUUGUUAAGACCAAGUGUGGAGCUAAGUAUAGAAAGUUCAUAGUUGCUUGGUUCAAUGAUUUUCCUAACUGGCUGGAAUAUAGUAUAGACAAGGAUUGUGCAUAUUGUUUGUGUUGCUACCUAUUUAAAACUAAUUUCAGAGAUCAAGCAGGUGGUGAUGCUUUUAGUAGUAAGGGUUAUCGGAAUUGGAAGGAGAAAUCAAGGCUAUAUGUUCAUGUCGGAGACCUCAACAGCGCCCAUAAUCAUGCUUUGAGAAAGUGUGAGGAUCUCGUGAAUGAAAGACAACACAUUCGAAAUAUCAUCAACAAGAAUGCUAAGCAAUCCAGAACAGAUUAUCGAAUUUGCCUCACUGCAUCAGUAGAAUGUAUACGGUUCCUUCUAAGACAAGGUCUUGCAUUCCGGGGCCAUGAUGAGUCAGAAAAUUCAAGCAAUCAAGGUAACUUUGUUGAGCUUUUACAAUUUCUUGCUGAUCAUGAUGAACAAGUUAGAGCUGUGGCAUUGAAAAACGCUCCAGCAAACCUCAAAUUGACAUCACCAACAAUUCAGAAAGAGAUAGUAAAUGUUGCAGCAGAUGCUAUAAUUAGAGACAUAGAUAAUGCAUUGUUCUCCAUUCUAGUUGAUGAAGCUAGAGAUGUUUCUAUAAAAGAGCAAAUGGCUGUAAUUUUUCGUUAUGUGGAUAAAAGGGGUUGUGUGAUUGAACGUUUUAUUGGCAUUGUACAUGUUGCCAAUACCACUGCCAGAACACUCAAAAAAGCUGUAGAUGAAUUGCUUAGUAAGCAUAAACUGAGCAUAUCAAGUUUACGUGGUCAAGGCUUCGAUGGAGCAAGUAAUAUGAGUGGGGAACUAAAUGGCUUAAAGACAUUUAUUUUGAAGGAUAAUCCCACUGCUUUCUAUGUCCACUGUUUUGCACAUCAGCUUCAGUUAGCUUUGGUGACUGUGGCAAAGAAACAUAGUAUUGUAGGUGCUUUCUUCACAUCAGUUGCUAAUGUUGUGAAUAUUGUUAGUGCCUCUUCCAAACGUCGAGACAUUCUUCGAGAAAAGCAGGCUCUUAAUGUUAUUCAAGCAUUGAAAGUUGGAGAACUUUCAAGUGGAAGAGGGUUAAAUCAAGAAAUUGAGAUUAAACGUACAGCCGAUACACGUUGGAGCUCACAUUAUGGUACGCUCAUAAACUUUAUAGCCUUGUUCCCUUCCAUAGUUGAUGUGCUAGAUGAAAUUGCAAAUGACAAAGUAGGUUCUGAUCAAAAAGAUAAUGCAUACAUUUCAUUGGGGUUAUUACAAUCUUUUGAUUACAUAUUUAGUUUGCAUUUGAUGAGGAUUGUACUUGGUAUUAGUCAUGAGUUGUCCCAAGCAUUGCAAAGAGAUGAUCAAGAUAUAGUAAAUGCAAUGGAUUUAGUGAAAAUAUGCAAGAGAAAGUUGCAGGAUUUGAGGGAUAAUGGAUGGGAUUCUUUACUAGACCAAGUUGUUAUUUUUUGUGGCAAAGAGAAUAUCAUGUUUCCCAACAUGAGUGAGAAGCAUAUAUGUAAAGGAAAAUCAAAGCGGAAAAGUCCAGAAAUCACAAACUUGCACUAUUAUCGUUUUGAUUUCUUUUGUGCUGUGAUAGAUCUCCAACUUCAAGAGUUGAACAAUCAUUUCAAUGAGGGAAAGAGUAGGACAUAUAUGUUUGUCUAUAAGCUCAUUACCUUGGCACUAGUACUUCCGGUUGCAACAGCCACAGUUGAAAGAGCAUUCUCUGCCAUGAACAUUGUAAAGAAUAGAACGCGAAAUCGGAUGGAAGAUCAGUGGUUAAAUGAUAGCUUAACUAUGUACCUUGAGAAGGAUAUCUUCAAUGACAUUGAUAAUGAGGCUAUAAUUCAAAGGUUCCAAAACAUGGCUACACGUAGAGGACAUCUGUAG